UUUGUUGAUGUCAUUCUCACUACUCUGAGUUAAAGUGAUGUUGGGUUUUUUUUUUUUAAAUUCUGUAAUCCAGGAGAGAGGUUAUAACUGAGAUGCAUUGAAAAUCCAACUGCAGGCCACAGCUCUUUUGGGGUUCGCAGCUAUGAAUAGCACCUUUACUGCUUACAUUAACAUUUCUGAGAUAACCACAAUUCUGCAUAAUGGAUUUUUGAAUACACACAAUUUGUAUUUUUAGAGCAUUCUAAGAUAUUUAUGCCAGAUAUACCAUCUAGGGGCACCUAGUAUUUGACAUACUGUAUAUAGGGAAUUUUUUCCAAGCGCUUUUUCGCAGUAAAUAAAUUCACCCAUAGCCAUAUACCUGAAGGAUGUACAUAACACUUGAGAAAACAGUUAUAUAUUAAAAAGUAGAGAUAUUUGAAAUUAUAUUAUUAAAAUUGAAAGUUUUAGAAUUUGCUUUAUUGAAAAAAUGCUGAUUAAGUGGAAAUUCUCCGAGGAAAGAUUCAAAACCCAUAGAAAUUUAAACUCAUGAUCUACAAAUGGGCAGCCUCUCAAAUUAACCCACUGUCAUUCAGGCCUUAAACAUUGUUUGAAAUAACCGUGCGCCCGACCACCCGAGACAUAGAUUUUGCUUUGGGCGAACAAAUUCAUUGUAGAAACAUCUGACCGGACAUUCUAAAAUUUGGAUGUAUCAAAUGUACUUGAUGUACCAGUAACGGAUUUGUAACAUAUACAAUUAUAUAUGAUCAGGAUCAAAAUCAAAGUUAUUGAAAUUGAGUCGCUUUAAUUAAAAGAUAGGGUUUUUUAAAAAUUAAUUUAAAGAAUGGUAAACGUUAUUUUCCCAGGGUUAGUGGAUCUUUUGGCAAGGCUUACAAUUUUUACAAGCAAUCAGCCCGGCAUGUCUAGAAAAUUUUUACAGCGAAUUUCAAUCACUGCCUUAAAGUUUAGAAGGGCAAGAGAUAUCUUACUGAUAUUUAUUUUUCCAUUUAUGGUUUGAAAGGGAGGCAGUCAUUUUCAUCCUUAAAGUUUAUGUUUAGGAUUGUAAGCCAAGGCAACAAAAUUUCAACCUUAUACAGGGCAUCCUUAAAGUAAAAUUCACAACUGUAGAAUAAUGACAAAUUGAGUGAAAAUAGAAAGGGCAAAUUAUCUAGUAUACAGUAUCUGUUCAUCUGUUUUUUCAACCAUGUGCAUCCCGUGGGAAUACGGGUUAGAAUAGGUCCUCAGUAACCCUUGCUUAUCGUAAGAGGUGACUAAAUGGGGCGGUCCUUCGGAUGAGACCACAAAAACCGAGGCCCCAUGUCACAAUAGGUGUGGCACGAUGAAGAUCCCUCCUUGCUCAAAUGCCGUAAGUGCUGAGCAUAGGCCUAAAUUUUGCAACCCUUCACUGGCUAUGGUGACGUCUCCAUAUAAUUAGUGAAAGAUUCUCGAAAGGGACAUGAAACAAUAUACAAUCAAUCAACCAUGCGGUGCACAUUUACUUCUAAUUUCAUAUGUCUUUGGGUGACAAAGGAUUUAACAAUCUUAUGUUGCUUACUUUGAAUUUAUGUGUUGUUGUCUAUUACCAUUUUAUCUUCAGAUAUGAUUUUUCUCAGCUUUAAAGCAUAAUUCCGCUUUCCGGAUUGUAAAAAUCCAUUCUCUACAUAACGAUUCCGCUUCCGGAAAUUUCUAGAUUCAAUCAAUUUUACGAAUCUUAUUUUCUGGAAUAUCUGGUUUUGACUUCGAAUUUUAUUUAGCGGUCAAUAUUUCCUCAUUAUAUUCUUCUCGUUAAUUGGUUGAAUCAUUGUGAUAUCACCCAAUCAGCAAAAUGAACACUGAUUGUAAACACAUGGAGCUUACAAAAAUGUACGUAAAAGUAGUACAAAGAGACAACAGUUAUGUUUACAGCCAUUGACAAGGUCCAGCUUUUAAAGAAGAUUUUAGUCAAAUUUUGGUACAUUAUGUAGGACCUUUGCCCAAGACUAAGUUAGGGAACCAAUACUUACAUAUUUAAAAAAUACUCUUAUCAGCACUUUUAUAAGGCCUGAAACCUCAAAAUUGGUUCACAUGAUUCAUUUUCUGAAAAGCUUCUGAAAGUCAAAAUAUCCAUUUUCGGCAGCUAGGAGCCUUUGGCCCCCUGGACCCCCUGAUCUAGGGAUGCUGCCUUUUAGCUCUGGCACUGCCCCAAGAUACCCCGCUGGGGAAGGACCCCCAGACCCCCCUUCUGCUUUUUCUUUCUGUAGUAUCAAGUCUGAACAGUGUACAUGGUUUGAUUGUGUCUGUAUUUUGGCCUUAAAAAUAUAUUGACUUAAUAAGAAUGUUUAUCUGUAAAAUGAAAGUACAAAGACUGCUAAACACCUGAUAAAUUGGUGUUCUACAAUGAUGUAUGCAUUUUGUGUGUAUGACAGAUUAAUUCAGCUGGAGGGGGGAUGGUUUAUUUUAAUAUGCAAAUUUGAUACAUGUUAAAGAUUAUAUUAAAAUGUUCAAGAAUUAAAAAUUUUUUGCUUUAAUGGUUUUACUCUACAUUUACGGAUAACUAAAGUUUUCAUAGGACAUUUUUUUGUCAAUUUUGAUUAAACUGUAAAAUCACUGAUUAUUAUUUUAGUUGUUGAUAGUGAAAUGACUAUGUAUAACAUCACAAACACAUGGUGUUCUUGCUAUUUUCUAUGAAAUUACCAAAAAUCACCCCUUUUCAGACCCUAUGAUGGCUUAAGAAAGUAUGGGCUUCAUGUGUCGAUUAUGACAAGAAUGACACAUUUUAUCUUUCAAUCUAAAUGUUGCAAAUGCAUAAAUCUAGUUUUGAUCAAUGCAUGUGGCCCAUGGUUUCUACUGGAUUGAUUAGCUGAAAUGUUAAUCUUGAUAAUUCUCAAGGAAAACAUAUAUAGAUAAUUGGCAACUUUAUGACAUCUUGUUGCAAAAUACAAAUCAAUUUUAGGACAUUAGAGUUUCUGAUUAUUUCAAUAUGGAUAUUGCUGAAUUUCAGAAAAAUCAAAGAAUAUUUGAAAGACUAUAUUGUCAAACUUUGUCCUUUGGUUGAAUACUUGGAAUCUAAUAUUUUGCUCAAUUAGAGGUGUAUGUCACCAGGUUUAGGUGAAGUGCCACAAAUGUAGGCAGUAAGGGUCAUUUAGCAGGGAAAGUUCUUUAUUGUUCCAACUCCUACCAGUGUGCGGGACCUCUGUUGGUCAGGUCUCCUCUGAAAGAUCCACACCUCUAAUGCCGAGGGCGACGGAACUUAUCAACUCAUUCAUGUUGCAGCAGAUCUCUCAUUUCUGACGUAAGCCCUUUACUGAGUGCUGACUGAGUUAUCAUAUAGAUUUGAAUUUUGUUCAGAUCAGGGCCUUUUUACAUCAGUACAUUGAACAUCAGAAUUUCUUCUCAAGAACAACAAGGCUACGAUUUGUUAAAUCAAUGUAGGGUUGGUAACACACUAAACACAAAGAAUAGACUAGUGAUCAAAUACAGAGAUAACUUCUAACGGUUACCAGUCCAGGCUCCUUAGACCAUCAAAUUAGAGUUGGGCUUAUUUUUGAGCUCAGUUUCAAUUAUUUCCUAUUUAUUUAUUUUACAAAAAGGAGCUUCAGAUUUUGGCCAAAAAGCCUGUAUUAAUCAUCCAGCUCUGAUUUUUGUAAACAGUUAAUUUUCCUCUCAAGAGCAACAGGUUGACAAAUAAGAAUAGGAGUAUUUUAAGAUGGUAUACAUUUAAACUCAUAAUAUCUUUUAAAUGAUGAAUGUUUGCACCAUGAGGAAUAAUAAAUCAUGGUUAUUGUAAGAGUGACUGACUGCUUAGAGUUGUGACCAGUGGGCCACUUUUCAUGAUCUCAGCAUCUCAGAUGCCAGGAACGUCUGUAAUGUGAAUAGGAUACAUACUGGUUGAUGCACUGAAGAAGAAAGUGUCAAUGAUGUGCUAUUGGAAGUGUGUCAUACCAACAUUUUAUGACUCUGGUAUGUAUGUUUUAUGUGCAGUUGAUCAUUUUAUAUGGGUCCUUUUGUCAUCUGUGUUAGUGCUGCCUUUCCUGCCAAUGGUGACAUAAUGUGCAGUCGGGUCCUUUUUUGUCCUAACUUGCUGCAAUAACUAAGCCAUAUUUUGGUGUGUUUUAUGGAAAUUGAUUAUUUGUCAUGCAUAUUUAAGUGCCAAAUCAAUUUGUGGCUAUCAAUUUAUAUAAAACUUUAUGUGACGGUUAUAGAUAAGGCACAAAUCAAUAGGCUAUAAUGGAUUCCUUGUGCUGCGGUUUGUUUUUACCAUACAGCACUAAAGAUGAUACAGUGUAGUGUUCACAGAUUGUCAAGAUGUAUGUUUGUGCAGACUGAUUCAGUACACAAAAGCUUUUUUUCACUAAUAUUGUCUUACCAUCUUUCAUACUCAGGUCCUCUCAUGUAAAACUGAUAAAUAUUUUAGAUACUUGUGUUUCCUCUCCAGUUAACUGUAUUGUUACAGCUGUUGAUUGUUGGUGAAAGUUGUCUCUCUCUCUCUCUCUCUCUCUCUCUCUCUCUGUUUCCUUUAUUUUGUUUUUGCUCACCUAAUCUUAAAUGUGCUUUAUCUGUCAUCUGUCUGUUUGACCAGAACCUUAUGUCAAUGGAAUAUAUAUUGACAUGCAAAAGAAACUAAACCUCCAAUUUUCGGUAAUAUUUUUAUCAUUUCAUUAAGAUAUAUUGUUUAAUUUUUACAACUGAUAGAAGAUAAACAUUCUAUUCUAUUGGAUAAUGCAGUGAAUUAUUGCAUUGACAAAAAAUGUUCAGGUUUAAGAGAUGGAUCUUAAUUCUGGUAUGUCCAUUGAGGGGCCCAUGUUUGCCCAACUCUUAAUUUUGUAUUCCUUAUAGGAGGUAUGAGAUUGAUAACUGUCAUUGUCUUCACCUUUUUCAUUGAAAUUUUCAUACUUCAAGAAUAAAUAUCCCCCCCCCCCCCCACCUUUAGCAUUUGUUGCUGCUUGAAUUCUGCAAUGCCUAAAGUUUGUUACAUAGUUUGUUUGUGAAAUAGGGGUGUUCUGUCACUCUUCCAGAAGUCCCUGACACAAAGCGGGUAGAUUCUCUGCUGGAUUUGCGCAUGUUCAAAUGCCCCAAUCUAACAUGUCCCACACAUGCUUUUCUGGUGAGAGAUUGAUGUGAUAUUGGGCCCAAAGUAAUGUGUCGACAUUGUGUUGGUGAAGAUAGUCCAUCGCAUGUCGCACUACGUAAUACUUGGCUUUGUCUUGUUGAACUGAAGGACAAACGGCACAAGAACAGGUCGCAGGUCACAGUGUACUGUUGAACUGUCAAAUUGUCUUCAGUGAAGACCAAGUGGGUUUUACAGCCACUUUAGAUCCCCCCACACACUCUCGCACCAUAACUCUUCCACCUUUUAACCUGCCACCCUGCAGUUAUUGGUAUUUAACGUUUACCAUGACGUCAAAAGACAUGCUGAUGCCCAUCUGAGUUAUAAAGUAUAAAUCUUGGCUCUAAACAUCCUUUACGCAAUAUGAGAAACAAAUUUCAACAUGGGAAUAUUCUUUACCACUGCCUGGUUCCUGAGGGAUAACAAACAGGUCUGAAACGCAUGAAAUGCUGUCUCAUGCAUUUGUGCACUUGCCUAUUCGGGUAUGUAUUGAUAUCUCACAGACACAAGAACGCAUAGUGUGACCGAGUUCAAUCAGCCAUGAAUUGCUUGGGAAUUUGUAUCAUAUCGUGCAAUUCAAAUUUGCUAACAAUGAAUUUUUCAUAUUAUAAAUCAUUGGAAUUGCAUUUCACCAGAGAUAAUGGACCGAUUAGUUGAAUUUAUAAGACUAUACAUGUAUUUUCAUAUUCCAUAUGAACAAAUCGGCAGUAGUUUUUGAAACUGAUGUGCAAGUAUUAGUUUCGUGUUUUGACUUGCUGUGAUAUCCAAAGGUUGUACAAUUCAUAGUGGUCAUGGACCUCUUAUUCUGCCAAUCGAUGAUUCUUGGUGAUGUCAUAAUUUUCAGAAAUGAUUUCAUUAAACAAACAUAGUUAUAGAUGUAUAAUCUUUUUUAUGUAAUCCUUGAUUAAACAGAGAAAACUAAAUGUUGAAAAUAAACUAAAAGAAAAUGGCAUCAUGAAGAAGAAAGUUUGAAAUAUUUCCAUAUGCUCCCCCCUUGAUUUAAAAACUUUUAAGUAACGUUUAAGAUAUAUGUCUCUUGGAUCAAUAAAUCUGAAACUUUUAAGGAAGUUAUUGCAGUCCCAAUUGAUAAAUGUAACAGGUGUUUUAAUUGUAAAGCAUGUUUUUAUGUUGUUGUGUCCUGUGAAGGGGCAUUAAUUAAUUAAUCCUCUUUGACAAAUUAGGAACUUGUACCAAUUGAGGACCUUGAUUGGGAUGAUAUUUUGAUUAAAGUCCACAGUAACUGAUUUCGAGCAUAAACCAUAUUCUACAAGCAAUAGCAUUGAAUUCAGGGCCCGGCAGAAAAAUGUAAAUGUUAAAGAGCUGGAAUAGCAAGUUGAUGGAAUAAAAAUGAUCAAACAAGGUAGGAAAUGGGACUAAAAAUAAUUCUCAUACUUCCCUAUUUUUCAAUAAAAAAACAAAAAAAAAAAAUUGCAAAGAAGUAUGAUAAGUGGGGAUGUACUCUAAACUACUUAAAUCUCCUCAAAUAAUUGUAAUUUAUCAUAAUCUUGAGAGCCAUAUACUUGUCACAAAGAUACAUUUGUUUGGUGUAGUCUUUCAGAUUUUCUUUCAAUUUACUCAGAUAGCCUUUUGGUGUGUUGCAAAUCAGAUUAAAACAAUCUUCCUUCAUCCAAUAAUCGUAAAUAAUAAGUUUGCUUGUACUUUUGCUCUGUUUAGACAUAUAAUUCUAAUCAUUCACUUUUUUCUAAUUAGCUUUCUAGAUCAUUAUUAUCUAGUAAAGAAAAAGCAAUUAAUACCUACACAAACAGAUUAUAUGAUCCGAUAUUGAAAUAAAGCUGCUUUUCACAGUACACGAGACUCUCUUCUGAAAAUCAAUCACAAAAAAUAAGCUUACAUUUGAAAUCAGUUAAAAGAUAUACAGACAUGUUAAAAAAUAAUUCUUGUUUGAGAGGAAGAUUCAUUGUAAGGAAAAAAAAUCCACCACAUGGUGCCAGGCAAUAAGACUAGCAGAAGGCAGAAGAGUUGCCAUGACGUCAGCCUCACAUUUCAUUAGGGAAGUCUGUACAUAUGUGAUAUCAUAGAUUUCAACAACACAUCUUUUACCUGGCAAUUUUCUGCAUAAUUCUCAAGCUUGUAUGUUGUCUCUCCAUGCAUUGGAUAUCAGGUGAAAACGGAAUCCUUGAGGAAAUCAGAAUACAUUUUACAUUGUGUAAUGAGAGAGAUUAAAUAGUUGUAUACAGAUCAGGUGACAAAAUAGAGGUGGCGACAGAAUCCGGAAUCAGAGGGGGUGGAAAGGUACCAGGGAAAAUGGGCCGGAAAAAAAUCCAAAUCUCACGAAUUGGCGAUGAGCGAAAUAGGCAGGUAACCUUCACAAAGAGAAAAUUUGGACUGAUGAAGAAGGCCUAUGAGCUGAGCAUCCUAUGUGACUGUGAGAUAGCUCUUAUCAUAUUCAACAGUGCUAACAAGCUGUUUCAGUACGCCAGCACAGACAUGGAUAAUGUGCUACUGAAGUACACCGAGUACAACGAACCUCACGAGAGUCGCACCAAUAAAGACAUCAUUGAAGCUCUGAACAAAAAGGAACAUAAAGGCUGUGAAAGCCCUGAUCCAGAUGGGGACCUAUACAGUAAUUCACUGACUCCAGAUGAAAAGUACAACAACCAGCACACCAACAGAAUGUCUGACGAUUAUCAGAGAUAUCAAAACGUUCAGAGGAACAUGUCGCCCUACCCAGGACCAGGGAUGCCCCCUGGCCUGACUUCCGGCAUCCCCCUACACAACUAUAUGAACCAGCAACUAUCAGGACAUGGGAUGUCCCCACAACCUCCCUCUCAGGUCAACUCAGGUCAGGGGAUGUUGCAACCCCCUCCAGUACACCACAGUCCUCGGCCAAACUCUACCGGUGGAAUGAUAGAGAUGGGAAGUUCCUCGCCUGCUCCGAAUGGUUAUCACCAUAGAGCCUCUCCCUGCCCCUCCCCUGGAGCCAUGGUCAACAGACAAUCCAGACAGUCUCCUCCCUCAAGGGGGCCUCCCAUGGGUCGCCCUAUGAUGACCAAUUCACAUGAUGGACUCAUGAGUCCAGAUGUACAGGGGCGUCCCAGUUCCUCACUAUCUAAUCCUGCAGUAUCUCUUACGACACCAAGUGUCCCUGGAAACAGCUAUCCGUCCCCACUGCCUACAUCGUACCACAAUGACUAUAAUAUAAACUCAGCAGACUUAACUGGUCACAUGUCAAAUUACAACCACUCACCAUGGAAUAAUGGAGGGGCUCACCAUGGGGGAUCAUUAACCUCAGGAAUCCCCCCAGGAGGAGGGCCCCAAAAUCUUCACGGAAUGUCAGGAUCUGGACAUCUCUCUCCAUUAGCUGUGAAUACAAUGAAUCAGAAUGUACUUUCAUCUAUAAAAAGUGAGCCUAUCUCCCCACCGCGAGAGUCGACAACCCCUUCCAACCCCCACUCACUUCGACCCCCCUCGUCUGCAGGACCCGGUCAUUUAUCACCAGUUCAAAACUUGAAUCACCCACAUAGUAACAGUUCCUCCCCCACCGGAAUAUCACCCCACCCAUUAGAUUACGAUGGACCACAUCUAAAAAGACAGCGAGUGGCAGGAUGGCCCACCUAGUGAAAAUCUUAGUGAUAGCUAGUGAUUGAUUAGUGAAAAGUGUUCUAGCUGUACUGACGGUUAUAUGAUACAGAACUUUGUAUUUAAUAUUGUAUGUGGGAGGGGGGAUGAUUUAUUCUGUGACUUAUUUAUACACAGGACUUAAUGUUGCAGAGAAUGUGAUUGUGCCUUCAUUGUUUCCAAACAUAAACACUCCAUUGUAAAUAUAAUCCACACCACCAUUUCAUCAUCAUUAUAAAGGACUGCAGAGGAUAUGCAGGGGGCCUUUAGGACAGGCAAAUGGGCCACUGCAUAAAAACACACACAAAAAGUUAUCUGGUCAUUUCAAUGAUUUCAUGCUAUUGUGCAGCUUAAUUUUAUUCCCUUGUGCCAGAAAUAAAAUGAAAAUGCUUGCAAGCCAUGAAAAAAAAACACCUUCAUGAGUACUGUGCAACAUUAUUUAUUAGAUCUGUCAGUAUUUUUACCACAAUUAAGAAAGGAUGCCAUUUUUGUAAAUUGUAUAUACAAGUUUUCAUAGAUAAAGAAUUUCUAUAGUGACAUGGCCUACCAUGAGCUUUUUCUAAUUUUGCUGCAUGAAAACCCUAAUUUGAUAAAUUUUCUAGAGAGUUGUACUUUUUUGUGGGUGAAAUUAAGAUUUUGAAUCGUAUGACCGAUUAUUUAUCAGGAUGUAAAAUAAUGAUGUAAUUAUUCGUACUCUUGAUAAUAUAUAUAAAUGUUAUACAAGCUGGUCUUGUGCCCUUUUAAAUUAUGUAUUAUACUAAAUGUUUUGUUAUGACUACCGGACUAAAAGCAUAUCUUAUAUAUUGUGAUGAAUUUCAGAUUUAAAGUGGAGGAAAUCCUGAACAUAUUAUUAUUGGGGCCCAUAAUUCAGCCAAGAAAAAAGUUUUGCAAGGAAAUAAACUUGAAGCACAUGACUGCAAUUUUGGGGUUAUAGUGUAAUGAAGUGGCCUUCUGUGUAGAACUUUUAUUUUUAAAAGUUUGAUGUUGCAAUUUAAAACCGGUGUUUCCCCCCCAUUGAAAUAUGGAAUGUCCAUAUUUUAAGAAAUCAAAGAUCUGUUUAUUUGGUCACUCAAAUCUCCUUUAAUUUGCCUUAAUUUUUCUAGUACACUUGUUCAGUAGUGAGGUGAUAUUGGCCUGAAUAUCUGUUUUGCCUACUGAUUCUGCCAUACAACGCAUGUGUACAAAUUAACAUGCCUUUAUCAAUGAGAGUGCUGACUGGUUGCCAAUGAUUCAAAUAAGAUAUUUUUAAAAAAUCAAAAUUCUCUUUUUAAUAUUCUUUUAUAUUGGAUAUGUGUUUCUGUGUUUGAUAAUAUUUACCUUAAUAAUUCAUGUAGUGAAGAAUUUCAACUGCGCGCAUGGUAUUUUAUAACGGUAGAUUUAUUAACGUACAUUAUAUGUAUGGCAUGACAAACAUGGGAAGUAAAUUUAAUUUGAUGUUGAUGAAAGGAAAGUGGUCCACUUUUGUCAAUGCUUUAUCAAAUAUAUAUGAGCCAUAAUUGUGCAGAUCUUUUUUAAUAUUAUGGAAAAUUUCUUGUAACCUCACAAAACUAAAUUAUUGUGCACGAAGUAUAUUUGAUAAUUAUGAACAUACUGUGUUUUGUCUCAACCACAAAUUAUUGCUGAUAUCAAAUUUUGUAAAAACAGUUCACUUACAAUUGGGACAGAAAUUCACUACAUUUUGAGUACAAACAUUUGCAUGGCAGUGGUAGUGUUUUACAAACAGGGAAAUUAUAAUCUGAAUGUUUGACAGUAUUUUCGUUGUUACUAUCUAGUCUGUUUUGUUACAUUAGUGCUUAUUGGUACAGACCAAAACAAGAAAACUUACAAGUAUUUCAAUUUUUAUAUUUUUGACCUAGUGAUCUCUAGCUGAUCAGUGUCCUUGUGUUUGUGCUAUUUGAAUCAAAUAUGAGCCAAUAAUUAAAACACUCUAGAGAUCUCUUACCACUUGUUUGAUGAAUGAUAUUGUUAUGGCUUUAUAAUGCAUAUUUCUGGUCAAUAAAAUUGUUGUAACAGAAA